AUGUCAUCGGGUGUAUUGGUAAAUCCGGAAUGUCAAAGCAUUUUCCAGCAGCUCUCUGAGGGUAAACAAAAACUUCGUUAUAUCAUCUACAAAAUCGAAGAGAAAGAGGUGGUCGUUGAGGCUGCAGUCACUCAAGCUGAGAUAGGUAUUUCGGGUGAUGACUAUGAGGAUAACUCGAAGGCAGCGUACGAGGCGUUCGUUAAGGACUUGAAAGAACGGACGAAUGGAUUCGCUGAUUGUCGUUAUGCAGUAUUUGACUUUAAGUUCACUUGCAAUCGACCCGGAGCUGGCACGUCGAAAAUGGACAAAAUUGUUUUCAUUCAGUUAUGUCCGGAUGGUGCCCCAAUUAAAAAGAAAAUGGUCUAUGCGUCAUCGGCGUCCGCUAUUAAAGCAUCUCUAGGCACAGCGAAGAUUCUUCAGUUCCAGGUUCGUUCGUUAUUUAUGAUUACAAUCCAGAUUUGCUUCGAAGUUUCCGAUUUUGUUGUGAAUUUUUAG